CCUCGAACUGUCCAACUGAUUGAAGGUGCGGGGCCACUUGUGCGCCACUGCCGUUGCCUUCUAUCCGGCGCCAUCUCCACCGUCCACUGCCCCAUCCGCAGUUCCACACCACACUACGCCGCCGCAGCCAGGCAGACAGAGGCAGCCCCCUCAUGGCUGCCCACGCCGUCACCCCGCUCACCAUCUGCUGCCUCCGCCGCGGCGUUCCCCUCAACCACAGCCGCCGCCUCCUCGCCGUAGCCGCCGCAGCGCCAGAAUCGCCCGCGCCUACCCCCGCGCCAUCCCAGUUGCCGCUUCCCCCGGUUCCUCCUCGCAAGGGCUACUUCCCGAAGCGUGGCGAGACAGUCGAGCUCACCUGCGAGGCGCUCGCCUUUAAGGGCAAGGGCGUCUGCAAGGUCGCGGGCUCCACGUUCGUCCUGCUCUGCGAUGGUGCGCUCCCUGGCGAGCGCCUCAUCGCCCGCGUCCGCCGCCUCCGCCGUGGCGCCUUUGCCGAGGCCGCCAAGCUCAGGACCCUCGAGCCACACCACGACGCCAUCGAGGCGCCCUGCCCCCUCGCCGCUGACUGCGGCGGCUGCAAGACCCAGUCUCUCGCGUACGCCGCGCAGAUCCGCCACAAGCAUCACCAGGUUCGCGACUUGCUCGUGAACUUUGGCAAGUUUGAUCCCAAGCGCCUGGAGAGCUCGGAGCCGGAUGAUAUCCUCAAACCCACCGUGCAGUGUGACGAGAUAUUCCGGUACAGGAACAAAAUGGAGUUCUCGUUUGGGACGAAGAGAUGGGUGCAAAAAGAGUUGAAGGACAAGGGUGAGGAGGUGGAGGUGAAGCAGGAAACGAAUGAAACUGAUGGAUAUGCGCUUGGACUGCACGCACCAGGGUUCUUCGACAAGGUGCUACAUGUGCAGAAAUGUUUUCUGCAGAGUGAGCCAGCAGAUAAGGUUCUUGCAGUUGUUCAAGAAACCUGGAUGGAUCCUGCCAUAGGCCUCACACCUUAUGAUGUCCAUAAGCAUGUUGGGUUUCUCAAGCAUCUGAUGAUAAGAACUGGAAGAAACAUCAGCACUGGAACUCCAGAAGUAAUGGUCAAUUUUGUGACGUCAUGUUAUAAGCCAGAUGUAUUGAUGCCUCUUGUUGAUAAAAUCACAAAAAUACCUGAAGUGGUUAGUGUCAUAAAUAAUGUGAACUCGUCUGUUGGUAAUUCAUCUGUGGGUGAACAAGAAUAUACUUUGUACGGGAAGCCAAACAUUACAGAAAUGUUGAGAGGACUUGCGUUCCAGAUAUCUGCCAACUCCUUUUUUCAGACUAAUACAAAACAGGCUGAUGUUCUUUACAAGCUUAUUGAAGAUUCUGCUGGGCUUAAAGGAGAUGGCUCUGAAAUUGUUCUUGAUCUGUUUUGUGGAACUGGAACCAUUGGUUUGACCUUUGCCCGAAGGGCAAAGCACAUUUAUGGAUAUGAAGUUGUCCCUGAAGCCAUUGAAGAUGCGCGAAAGAAUGCCAAGUUGAACGGUAUCAACAAUGCAACAUUUGUUCAAGGGGACCUCAAUAAAAUCAAUGAAUCAUUCGGGAAGGAAUUUCCAAAGCCUGACAUAAUCAUCUCAGAUCCUAAUCGCCCUGGGAUGCACAUGAAGUUAAUCAAGUGGCUGUUAGAAGUUAAAGCUCCUCGAAUAGUGUAUGUCUCAUGUAAUCCAGCUACUUGUGCUCGGGAUUUGGACUACCUAUGUCAUGGCGUGGAGGAGAAAGAUUUGAGAGGAUUCUAUGAACUGAAGAGUGUAAUUCCUGUGGAUAUGUUUCCUCAUACUCCUCAUAUUGAGUGUGUAUGCUUAUUGGAGCUGCGUUGAUUUUCAGUUUUGGUCAGGCUAGUAAUCAACCUAGGAAGAGAUGCAAGCCUUGAAAAGUUAGUGGGAAGAGAAGAGAAAAAGGAAGAGAGCAUACCAGCCAAGCCAUCUCGUUUCUCAACCAAAUCAGUGCAGACUCGGCAUCAUCAUCACAUGCACUCAAGAAAAUUUGCCUGUUGUCAAGGUCCUUGAAGACAUUAUAGGCUUUCGCUUUUUCCUCCUUUGUAACUUCCAUUGUACCAAUAAUGGAUAUGCACUUCUUGAUUGAGAAGUCUGCAACUUGACUCACUUCCUUUUCCUCCCUCCCUUUUGCUAGUUGUGUGGCUUCUUCCUUAGCUUGCUUCGUUCUCAUGUCAAUGUAUCUUCCCAUUAUCCCUUCUAGGUUAUCGCCCUUUUUAUGCCUCUUUGUCCUUGUUUC